CAUUGCAUUGACCUUGUUGUGUCUGUACUUUUUGUUUGUGCUUGCUCGUUCUGUGCAUUACAAGUUCUUUCUCUCUCUCUUUCCCCGCUUAAGUUGGUUGAAGAACCUGCCAAACCGAUUAAUACUUUUUAUUGACUCUAAACAACGACAGCGACAACAAAAUAUUCCUUUUCAUCAUCGGGCGGAUCUCUAUGAAUCCGCCCAAAACCUCGACAUGGAACUCAGCUUCACGACUCUUCCUUCUUCGCUGAACCCCCUAUUCCGCAUUUAUCUCUCUAAGAAACUGGAAGUACUCUUCUACAUCUCUCCUCUUCCCUGUCAUUUAUUUCAUGGAUUUAUCUCUCUCUCCCUUCCACUUUGUGACACUAGAUCAAACCCAAGUCAGAUCAUGUCUCUUUUAUCCUCCUAAGAACAAUCAAAGUAACUUUUUUGAGUAUGGGUUUUCUGUAAAAAAUGGAAGAACGAUGGCUUCAUUCUUUGCAGUACCUUUCUCCUAUGGAAAAGGUUUACCGCCCAAACCUGAGCCCAAUUGUCGGACUGUUUUUACCAAAUCUCGAAUUGAAGAUAGACCCAUUAUCGGAGAACCAGAUUUAGGCAUCAUCAUAGGGAAGCUGGUUUUAAUGGGGAAGUUUAAGGAAGCCCUUGAAUUUUUUGAAAUUCUUGAAUCUCGAGAAGAACCCAUGGAUAUGAGUACUUGCGAUUCACUUGUGAACGCUUGCAUAGCUUUAAAAUCGAGCACUGGGGCUAAAAGGGUAUUCUAUUACUUGAUACAAAGAGGGUUCUCCUCAGAUUUGUAUAUCAAUAACAGGGUUCUGCUGAUGCUUUUAAAGUGUGGGUUGAUAUCGGAUGCAGACCGAUGGUUUGAUGAAAUGCCUGAGAGAAACGUGGUCUCCUGGAGUAUAAUGGUAAAUGGGGCCUCUAAUUUAGGCUUCUACAAAGAAGCUUUGGGUCUUUUUGUGAAAAUUUGGGAGGAAUUAACGGAUGGAGAUUCUCGCAUUUUUGCAGCUGCUAUUCGAGCUUGUGCAGGGUUAGCGGUGGCAUCAUAUGGCAUGCAACUCCAUGCGUGUACGGUUAAGAUGAGUUUGGAGACAGAAAUUUUCAUUUCUUGUGCCCUUGUGGACAUGUAUAGCAAAUGUGGGAUCAUUGAAGAUGCUCGCAUGGUUUUUGAUCUGAUGCCUGAGAAGAAUGUGGUGGGGUGGAAUUCAAUGAUAGCUGGCUAUGCGCUAAACGGUUACAGUGAGGAAGCAAUGGAUUUGUAUUAUGAAAUGCAACGGGCCAGUGUGAAGAUGGAUCAAUUCACUUAUUCAUGUACCAUUAGGGUUUGCGCUCGUUUAGCCUUGCUAGAGCAUGCCAAACAGGCUCAUGCUGGGCUCGUGCGUAAUGGUUUUGGGUUAGACACAGUGGCUAACACUGCUUUAGUGGAUUUUUAUAGUCGAUGGGGUCGAAUCGAAGAUGCUCGCAGAGUUUUUGACAAGAUGAUCAAACCCAAUGUCAUCUCUUGGAAUGCCAUGAUAGCAGGUUAUGGCAACCAUGGCAUGGGAAUGGAAGCCAUCGAGUUAUUUAAACAGAUGCUUUCGAAAGGAAUGAAACCCAACCAUGUCACAUUUCUAGCGGUUUUAUCAGCGUGUAGUUAUUCGGGGCUUUCUGAUCAAGGGUGGCACUAUUUUGAAUCUAUGAGUCGGGAUCAUAAGAUCAAGCCUAGGGCUAUGCACUAUGCUUGCAUGAUUGAAUUGCUUGGUCGAGAGGGCCUUUUGGAUCAAGCUUUCUCUUUGAUUAGAGAUGCCCCUUUCAAGCCAACAGAGAACAUGUGGGCAGCAUUGCUUACUGCCUCUCGAGUCCAUAAGAACUUUGAGCUUGGUAGGUUUGCAGCUGAAAGGCUUAUAGGAAUGGAACCCGAGAAGCUGGCAAAUUACAUUGUGCUCUUGAAUAUUUACAAUGCUUCAGGGAGAGAGGAUGAUGUCACAAAGGUUAGGCAGGCCUUACUGAGGAGGGGUCUAAGACUGCUUCCUGCUUUUAGUUGGAUUAAUAUAAAGAAACGGUCACAUGGGUUCCUUUUUGGUGACAAAUCUCAUCCCCAAACCAGUGAUAUUUAUAAAAAAUUGGAUGAAAUGAUGAAGGAAAUUGUGAAUUACGGGUAUGUUCCCCCAGUGCGAUCCUUGCUUCCUGAUGUGCUAGAGGAGGAAGAUCAGUUGGUGGUUUAUCAUAGUGAGAAGCUAGCUGUUGCAUUCGGGCUUAUAAGCACCCCUGAAUUCACUUCUCUUCAGGUUGUGCAAGGCCAUCGUAUUUGUGGGGAUUGUCAUGCUACGCUGAAGCUUAUUGCCUUUGUCACUAGAAGGGAAAUUGUCGUUAGGGACGCUGGAAAAUUUCACCAUUUUAAACGUGCUAAAUGUUCUUGUGGGGAUUAUUGGUGAUUGUUGAGACUAAUAUAUACUGAUGGCCAGUUUUCUGUCAGCUUUGAGUUGGCCUUAUAUCCCUUCUUCAACAAAGUAACAUCGGUAGUCUUUAGGAAUCAAGAGGGUCUACUUUUCAUGUUGUUCCACCAUUCUUUAUUCUUUUCUUAUAUGCUGCAGCACUCGUCUGUGUAUGUGGUUCACUUAAUAACGCAAAGAGGUUACUUUGAA